AAGGACAAGAAAACGCCCAAAGAAGACUCCUGGUAGAGAACUAAGUGGGAAUGGAGUUACCGCUCUUCUCGAGAGCUUGAGAGCCCUUUCCCUCUCUCUAAAAGACGCAUAAAAGCUGGUCUUUGGAGUCCUCUGAUCACUGCUAGAAAGCUUCUGGCCAUUUUAGAUGGUUGCAAUUUUCUCCAGGACGUGAACCAUGUCCUGCUCCAUUGAAUUUGUUGCUGCUUCAAUCCUCUGUUGAGUCCCAUGCAUUGAUUUAAAGCUGAUACCAAGAUGUACCCCGGGAACCAUUGGGGUGGCACGUUCGAAAUCCAUGUCGACCCUGUCGCCGAUGACAAGCACAGAUGCAACAUGGAAUCGGACCGAGCAGCAGCGCUGUCUCGGCAGCAGCUGGACGAGACGCAGCAGAGCUGGCUGCUCGGGCGACAGGACAGAAACAAGAAGAAGGACAAGUAUGUCGACUUGGGCUGCGUCAUCUGCAAGCUCAAGGUGCUGGGAUGGAUCAUGUGGACUUGUUUGAUUGCAUUUGUUGUCAUUGGCAUACCAAUCAUCAUUGCGAAGUCGUUACCGAAGCACAAGGAGGAAGAGCCGCCACCAGACCGGUACACGAUGGCCCUCCAUAAGGCCCUCCUGUUCUUCAAUGCACAGAAAUCUGGUCGCUUGCCAAAGAACAAUGGCAUCCCAUGGCGUGGAAAUUCUGGCCUCAAAGAUGGUUUCGAUCAACCAGAUAUCAAAGGUGGGCUUGUUGGAGGAUACUAUGAUGCCGGGGACAAUAUAAAAUUUCACUUCCCCAUGGCCUACUCCAUGACACUCCUGAGUUGGUCAGUGAUAGAAUACAGUCAUAAAUACAAAGCAAUUGGAGAGUACAACCACAUCAGAGAACUUAUAAAAUGGGGGACUGAUUACUUGCUUAAAACCUUCAAUUCUUCUGCCUCAACCAUUGACAAAAUCUAUAGCCAGGUUGGUGAAGCAACAAAUUCUUCAACCACACCAGAUGACCACUACUGCUGGAUGAGGCCUGAAGACAUGGACUACCCCCGGAGAACACAAGUUGCCGGUUCUGCACCUGACUUGGGAGGUGAGAUUGCUGCUGCACUUGCUGCUGCCUCCAUUGUGUUCCGCGACGACGCCACCUACUCCGAGAAGCUCAUCGGAGGAGCAGCAACAGUUUACAAGUUUGCAAGGUCAAUGGGCCACCGGACGACCUACUCCCGGGGGAACCCAUACAUUGAGCCCUUCUACAACUCAACAGGCUACUGGGAUGAGUACAUGUGGAGUGCUGCAUGGAUGUACUACGCCACUGGCAAUGGUAGCUACAUGAGCUUUGCAACCGAUCCAAGGUUACCGAGGAAUGCCAAAGCCUUCAUGCGGAUCACAGACCUUGGGGUUCUCAGCUGGGACAACAAACUCCCAGCUGCCAUGUUACUUUUAACAAGGUUCAGGAUGUUCUUGAACCCGGGCUACCCUUAUGAGGAGUCUCUCAGAGGAUACCAUAAUGCCACAGGGCUCAACAUGUGCUCAGGUUUUAAGGAAUUCAAUGUGUUCAACUGGACCCGAGGUGGACUGGUCCAAUUGAACCAUGGGCGGCCUCAGCUACUACAGUAUACGGCUUCUACGUCGUUCCUCGCUUCCCUCUAUGCCGACUACAUGGAUGCUGCCAAUGUCCCUGGCUGGUAUUGCGGACCCUACUACUUCCCCACCAACUCUCUCCGGAGCUUUGCUGCCUCCCAGGUGAACUACAUCUUAGGAGACAACCCCAAGAAGAUGAGUUAUGUGGUGGGUUAUGGCAAGAACUACCCGAAGCACGUCCACCACCGUGGCGCCUCCAUCCCCGAUGACGGCGUCAAGUACUCAUGCACCAUCGGGUGGAAGUGGUUCCACGCCAAAUCGCCCAAUCCCAAUGUGAUCACCGGCGCCAUGGUCGGCGGCCCUGACCGUUUCGAUGGCUUCAAGGACGCGAGGCAGAGCUAUGGCUACACCGAGCCCACACUAGCCGGCAAUGCAGGCCUCGUCGCAGCCCUCGUGUCAGUAACAAGCAGCGGGGGUGCCGGCGUCGACAAGAACACCAUGUUCUCCGCUGUGCCACCACUCUUCCCGGCAGCACCACCCCCUCCACCACCCUGGAGGCCAUAAGAGCUCAUUGGUUUGAGUUGGUUCGAGGAGCUCCUUGGCUUUUAUACGU